UAUUGGUCGGUUUCUGAACACAGUGACUCAAAUUGCUAUGAUUGGCGGAAACAUUGCGCACGUGGAGAAAUGAGACAGCCCGAAAAGAAGUCAAGCGAAGGAGCGUGGCCUGCGCGUAUUUCCGGCUUCGCUUCGGUCUGAGGUAUGCCACGGUACUGCGCUGUGAAAGUGUGCAGAAACCGCGGGGGGACGGCGACUAGACAAGACAACAAGAGAAUUAGCUUCUACCCGUUUCCCUUGCAAGACCAGCCUAGGCUUCAGAAAUGGGUGGACAACAUGAAGCGCGAGGAGUGGACCCCGAGUCGACAUCAGUACCUGUGCAGCGAGCAUUUUACAGAGGACUGCUUUGAUAUCCGAUGGGGCAUCCGCUACCUGAAGACCACAGCCAUCCCAACCGUUUUUCCCUCUGCUGAAGAUGAUGGCGAAAAAAAAGUUACCUCCGGCAAAAGAAGCCCCAAGGCCAAACCUAGAACUUUAGACAUCGACACUGAGUCUGCAGUAUCGGACUCUCCUCUCAGUAAGAGGCCUCUAAUUUUGAGCAGAACGUGCAAAAAGCUCCACUCAAGUGCGACAAACAUUGCCGAGCAGACAGAGACGAUAUUUGAUGCUCCUCUGGUGUCGAACGCUGGCAUAUCCUGUGACUCCGAGAUACAAACUGCUGCUCGUGAGAUACCAGGCGGCACUGGGACUUCAACAGCAUCCUGCCAGGCACUGUCCCCACGCAUCAAGCCACAUUCUGAAGAGCAGGCAGACCCAACAGUGACUGUGUUGUGCUGCCAGACAUUGGGCCCUUUCUCCAACGGAGAGGAAAACGUAGAUGAAGACGCCCUCCAAGCAGCAUUGGGCCAGGCUUUUAGCCUUGUCCCUGUGGAAGUGGUAAAGGAUGAACCUGCAAGUUACUUCCUAGAGGAGAAGGGACCCGGCGAGGGAGAGCACAUCUCAGUUUACGAGCACUCAUACUGCAGACCUGACACGGACAAAGAUCAGCUUUGGAGUAAGAUCUUAAGUUUGCAUGCAAAGAUCCUGGAGCUGGAUCACAGGGAGGAGAGCACGGUGGCCAAAAUCCGUGCUCUGGAGACAGAGAUAUCUCUACUGAAGAGAGUCGGUGCUGUGUUUGGUGAGAGGCAGAAAGUUUUAGAAGAUUAUAUAUCAUCUAUGUUGGUGUGAUUCUGCAGGAAAUCACAACAUGUGGACAGAAAAUGAGUGCUUUGUUUGUUACCUUUGAGGCACUUUUGCUGAAAAGUUGCACAUGCCUCCAUGCACAAAGCACAGCAUUACAAACUGUGUCAUACUGAACUCUUUUGGUACUCAGCAGAGCUGGGUAUAUGGGUAUGGAAAAUGAAUUUUUAAGCUCCUGCCAAAAGUUUUAAUAGUCUCAAACUACAACUGACUUUCUUCAUACAUUUCUACUGCUACAGUUUUGUGUGGGUUAGGGUUAGGGCACUAUGUAGUUUUAUAGGAGACAUUUAAACUCAGAAUGUUUAAUAUGUACAAUAUUAAUGACCUAAUGAUACAAACUCAGAAAUAUUUAUUUUUCCAUAACAGAAUCA